CACUCACCACCAAGCCAGCCAGGCCUUGCAGGGCAAUUCCGUAGUCAGAAUAAUUUCUCCUAUCCCAAGACACCACCUAUUCAAUCAAUCAUUCGCUACCAGGUGUGGUCAUCCUCAAUUCAUUGUCGACUCCCGGUCUCUUCGGAUCUCCUACUUUCUCGUCGCGUCCAUCCAGUCCCAGCCUCUAGCAAGCGUCACCUACGCACAGACUCUCCUUGGUCCAACAACCACACGCCGCGCCGACCUCGUCGCGUUGGGACAUCAUAGCUGCAUGCGCAUCGGCCAUCUUCCAGUACAACCUCCCGAAUUUCCUACCUGUGGGCUUUCGACCACGACUUCUGUCCUCCCUCUUCUCCUGUCGAGCUGGACGACAAUGAAUUGUGCUUAAACGAGGCUGCAUGGUUAGCCGGAGACGAGCCUUGCGCAACCCGCACCCUUCUUCAAGACCGGAUUAUAUUUUGUCCUCGAGUCCUCUGUCGCAUGAAUGCUCUACGGUGCAUCGUGUGAGACAGCUCCGAUCUUUGGUGAAUACGGAAGUCGCGAACCAUGGCGUUCCUUUUCAAAUCCAAGAAGAACGCGCCUCCUCCCUCGGGCCUUCCUGCUGCAAGUCGAAAGAUUCAUACCUCCGAUGGUACUUCCGCCCCGGCAGCAGAGAAUGAGGGAAUAGAAAAGGCCUUAGAACGUCCAACACAAUCUCCUCCUCCUCCUUCAAAUACCGGCCCGAAUGGCUCAAUAAGCUCAAUGAACUCGAAUCUCGCCACUGGGGGUCCUGCAUAUCCUCGCCGCGACAGGUCAGAAUCAGAGACUGGGACGCGCCCGCCGAGCGCUCCCGGAAGCCAGUUGACCCAAGUUCCCAAUGCUGCUCUAUAUCCUUGGUCGCAACGGCGGCUGAACUUCCCCACUCCGCAGUCGAAUCCAUUCCCUCGCUAUGGCGCUGCCGUCAACGCAACCGGUUCAAAAGAUGGUGACAUUUACAUCAUGGGAGGAUUGAUCAAUGGGUCCAUGGUCCGAGGGGACCUCUGGAUGUUGGAAUCCGGCGGUGGGAAUCUUUCCUGCUACCCAAUUGCGACAGUCUCAGAAGGUCCUGGCCCUCGUGUCGGACAUGCCGCUCUGCUUGUUGGCAACGCGUUUAUUGUAUUUGGUGGCGACACUAAGAUGGAUGACUCUGAUGUACUUGACGACACUUUGUACCUGCUUAAUACUUCUUCUCGCCAAUGGUCCAGAGCAGCACCUCCCGGACCGCGCCCGUCCGGGCGUUACGGCCACACCCUCAACAUCCUAGGCUCUCGGAUAUACAUUUUCGGAGGCCAGGUUGAGGGUUAUUUCUUCAACGACUUGAUAGCAUUCGAUUUGAAUGCUUUGCAGAACCCUUCGAAUCAAUGGGACUUUUUGAUUCAAAAUUCUGGCGAGUCCGCCCAGCCUAACGGCAAGGUACCGCCUCCGAGAACAAAUCACACCGUGAUUAGCCACAAUGACCAGCUGUACCUCUUCGGAGGUACCAAUGGCACACACUGGUUCAACGACGUCUGGACCUACAGUCCUGCCACAAACUCCUGGAAGCAGGAAGAUUGUAUAGGGUACAUUCCUGCUCCUCGAGAAGGUCACUCCGCAGCACUGGUUGGCGAUGUCAUGUAUAUCUUUGGCGGUAGAACCGAAGAGGGUACAGAUUUAGGCGACCUCGCAGCCUUCCGCAUCACUUCAAAGAGAUGGUACACCUUCCAGAACAUGGGUCCUUCACCGUCACCGAGGUCUGGUCACAGUAUGACCGCCUACCGGGACAAGAUCAUCGUUCUGGCCGGUGAGCCGAGCUCGGCACCCCGCGACCCAGCCGAGUUGAGCAUGGUAUACGUACUUGACACUGCCAAGAUCAGGUAUCCCAAUGAUGCAGCCGUUUCGGAUUUGAAAGGUCCCGCCAGUCCAACUAGGAGGCCGAGUACAAGUACAGAAGUGAGAAGUGCAGCUGCACCUAUUCGAUCCACCUCCCGCGAGGGCCAAAGGGCCCCCAGUGCAGCUCGGGAACAAUUCACAGGUGGCCCUGUUCAACGACCAGACCCCCAGCAGCAAGCUUCAAGACUGCCGCGGGCUUCGAUAACCCAAGGCCCUGCAGGUCCACCACCUCAAGGACAGGCUCCUGGACCAAGAAUCAACGGGGUUCAAUCACCUGCAAAUGUACCAAAGAGCAGAUACAAUGGCCCUCCUAUUGAUACUAGGGGUCCUCCGACGGGUCCGGACUCUGUUCGUAAUGUGCCUACCGAGACGUUGGUCCAGGCUCCAGCUAUUAGAGAUGUGCAAAAGGAGAAUAUCAGGCCUAGUCGGGAGAACAGUCCGAGCACACAUGGUCGAAGGACGCCCAUUCAACGAACGGAGAGCAAAGCAAAGGCGAUGGAAGCUGGCGAAGCCGCACCGCUGGUCAGUAACGGCGUGGCCAGGCAACGCUCACUACGGUCGCAGCGAGCCCAAAGUUCUAUAGACAGCACAGAAGACGGCCACCUCGGUCGCUCAUCUUCUGGUCGUCAUUAUGGAGAAGGUGAUGCCCGAAGUGUGCGGAAUAUGCCCGAGGAGCCAAUGUCGCCUAAGCUGAGUGCGCAUCAGGAAGCUUUGGUGAAAGAGCUGGAGUCAGUGAAAAAGUCCAAUGCCUGGUAUGCUUCCGAACUCGCGCUGGCUCGAAAGCAAGGCUACACUUCUGCAACAAGCUCAAGCCCGACAUUUGACGACCGUGCUGUUACCCAAGUCGCGGACGACGAUCGACCGCUCAUGGAAGCGUUUGUAACAAUGCGAACCGAAAUGAUGAAGAUGCAGGAGGCUAUGGAGGCACAGGCAUCGUCAAUGGCCAAGCGUGUUGCGGAGGUCGAACACCAACGUGACGCUGCUGUGACCGAAGCUGCGUAUGCCAGAGCGAAACUCGCUGCUCAUGGCGGGAGCCAGCGAAGCACGCCUCAACCGGAUUCUGCGCACGAGCCUGACGAUCAAGAGCGCUUUACAGACCUAAGCAGGCGGCUCGCCUUGGCUUUGGCUGCGCAGUCAGAGCACAAAGCCAAACUUGACUCUCUGUCCAAUGACCUCAACUCCGAGAGAAGGGCUCGAGAGCUUGCAGAAGAGUCGAUGGAUGCUUUGCAAGCUCGGUAUGAAGAGCUCAGUAAGAGCAGAAAUCCUGGGGAGCUGGAGGGCUUGCGAGCGGAGCUUCAUGAAGCUCAAAGCCUGGCACGAACCGAAUCUGGAAGACGAGCAAAACUCGAAGAGGAAUUACGGAACCUUCGUGUCGAGCACGAAACCUUGAGCAAGACGCACGAGGACACCUCAUCACGGCUGUCGAGUCAUGUUGCUUCAAUGGCUGCUUUAGAAGCUGCUGUUGCCGCAUCUACUGGCAAGGCAAGCUUGUACGAACGACAAAUCGAGGAAGAACGUCAGCAAAGAGAAAACGCCGAGCGCAAACUGUCACAACUUAAAGCCGAGCAUGAAGAACGGGUGACAGAGCUGGAAAACAUUUCGAAACGUCUACGUGAUGCUGAAGAACUCGCUGAGACCCACGCCAAGGAAGCUUCAACGCACCGAGAAGCUCUGCUCGCCGGUUUGGCCAGACUCUCCACUGCAGAUGCAGUCUCGAAACGCGAUUCUGUCUCCGAGCAGAAGAUGACAGCUUUAAAAGCAACCGCGGACCAAGCUUCAGCCUUAGCCAAGCGUAACCAAGAAGCGGCUGACCAGGCGGCACAGAAACUCCGCAAUGCAGAGGAGAGAAUUGCAGGGCUCGAAGCGUAUCAGGAACAGUCGAAUCGCGAAGCUCUCCAGAUCCGUCGCCAACUGCAGGCGGCAUUGCGGGAGGCGCAAUCCCACCAAAACGAGUUGCGCGAACUGCGGUCGAACCUUGAAAUCAGCCAACGGGAUGCGAGCGCUUUGGCUGUCCAGCACAGCGCGCUUAAAGACUUGCUAGGUGAGCGAGGUAUGAAUGUGUCAGCGAUGAGAGGGUCGCCAAUCUUUGAUCAUUCUCCGAGCUCCCGAUUCGGUACACCAGAACAAAACCGUCUUCGGGAGCUUGACCAGCAACUGCAAGCAAGCAUCAAGGCUCAUGAGGAGACCAAGAACCAAUUCGAAGCUCGCAUGCAGGAAGCAGACAGCACCUACAAGGAGAAAUUGGAGCAGCUCGAGAAUGAUUAUCAAUCUGCUGUGCACUAUGUCAAGGGCACCGAGAAGAUGCUGAAGAAGAUGAAAGAAGAGCUUACGAAGUACAAAUCGCAGAACUCACAAUUGACCACCGAACUGGAAAGUGCUAGAAGCACAAGCGCAGCAUCGAACGCGGCUGCGGAUCCAUCGGCCUGGGAAUCUGAGCGACAGCAGUUACAGAAUUCUAUUGAAGAGAUGAAGACGCAGACUAGCCAGCAAAUCAGUCUGCUAGAAUCGAGCGUUACUUCUCUCAGAUCAGAGCUUGCUUCUGUUCAGGUCGACCGCGAAAAGCAAAAGUCAAGCUACGCCGAGCUUUCGCAGUCGUCACAACGGUACGGCAAGGAGCUGGAGCAACUCAAAUCAGAAAAUUCCAUGCUUGAGAGGCGCGCACAGGAGGCUGAGGAGCGUGUCACCAUGCUCCUCGAUCAAGUUGGCCAGUCUGUGGGCAAUUAUCGACGGCAGUCACAAAUGCAACCACUGCCCAACGGUAUCACCGUCGGCCACAACCGCGACGAGAGUCAAUCGACCUUGACCGAUGUAUCAGUCAAUGACGAUUUGUCACGCGAUGAAAGAGGAUCGGUUGCCCUAGACAAUUUGGCCUCAGAGCUAGAGACUUUGCGAUCGCAAUGGGAAAACACGAGUCGUAACAAUUAUCGCAUUAGCACACAGUUUGAGUCGGAGCGGACUCCCACGGGACAAGGCACUGAGCUCAGUGACAAUCUGGCUAGUUGGAGGAGGCGACUUGAAGAGGAAGAAAAGAGUUCAAAGACAGCCGUUGCUUGAGGUCUCUCCUCCUUGAAGUCAUGAUCCCAUUCAUGUUUUGUUCAAAUACAUUCAAUUCUUAUGUUGGCAUUUUGGAGUUCUUGAAAUCAUGGGCGAAGGAUGACAGUGAUGAAAUGGUUAAAGCGCGGACUAUCGGCCUGAUAGCACGAUGUGAGUUAGUUCUAAUGGAGGACAGCGUUGAGCAAGGCGGAUGUAAAAUGGUGGAUUGUAAUAUCAAUGCCAUAAACAUAAACGUACAUUGGUGCUAUGAAUGGGUAGAGCUGUGAUAUCCUGUUGAAUGACUGCGAG